UGUAACCCCCAUGUGACGCCCAUACCGGAAGUGUAUACAUGUAGUGAAUGACAGUCAGCUGUUUGUUGGGUACGGUUGUCCAGCGGUGUGUUUUCAUCUACUGGUUGUAGACAAGGUCUCAAACAACACAAUAUAAUGAUCAGGAACGAACACAAAGGGAUAUCAAAGAUUUACCACUUUGUGUAAGAAAACAAAUUACAUCAUGUAUUCGAACACGACGACACUUCCCUUCAACGAAUCGACACUGAGCCCCGCGACGGAUGACGUCAUAGCACCUUGCUGGGGAUACAUCUCCGCCGCUGCAGCCGUCGUAAUUUUGGGGAAUGUGGUGGUGCCAAUCAAACGGUUCGAGACGGGAGAUGGUUUAUAUUUCCAACUCAUGUUUUCUCAUGGAGCUCUCCUAAUCGGCGUCAUCGUCCAGCUAUUCCGAAGCGAGGCUACUUUUUACCCGAUCGUGAUGCUAGGUGGCGUUGUAUGGAUCACAGCCAAUCUGUUCAUGGUGCCGAUCGUGAAGGCGGUGGGUAUGGCUCAAGGCAUGUGUGUGUGGGGGAUCUGUAACAUGUUGAGUGGCUGGGCUACAGGCAGGUUCGGUUUGUUUGGUAUACAGAAGGAAGUGCCCGAUUCUAUACUUCUCAACUAUGGAGGCGUUAUCUUCUGUAUUACCAGUGCUGUGAUAUUUUCGUUCUUAAAACCUGAUAUACGCAAAGCAAAAAAGGCUGAUCAGACAACCUCCCCAACUGUGUGCGCUGGACAAUACAAUACGUUUAGUCCCAUUAACAACUCAACGUCUGCGAUGUCUCCGUCAGAGGAGUGCUUGUUAUUACCCGCUACUGCCAAACGCACAGAGGAAGUGACGAUAUUUGUUGACAAAUUGCCUCCCAUUAAGAAGAAAAUAAUAGGAAUCGCCAUGUCUGUGGUAUCGGGAGUGUUGUAUGGCCAGACGUAUACACCAUCUAUUUACGUCCAGCAGGCAUAUAAACAUUCCAGUCAGUUUGGAAUGGACUACGCUUUUGCCACAAUGUGUGGCCUAUUCGUCGGAAAUACAUUUUAUUUCUCCAUGUACUGCCUUGUGAUGAGGAAUAUCCCUCGAGUCUACCCCCGAGCUAGCUUCCCUGGACUUGUGACCGGACUACUGUGGGGAACAGCAAGCUCUCUAUGGUUUCUCGUCAAUGACACGCUAUCGGAAUCUGUCUCCUUUCCAAUAAUGACGACUGUGCCAAUCGUCAUUAACGCCUCAGUUGGUGUGGUCUUCUUCCGGGAAAUCAAGGGCCGAAGGAAUCUGUGUUUACUAUUACUGGGGAUAGCUGUGACAACAGCCGGGGCUGUAAUGUGUGCUUUGUCCAAACAUCCAGUUUGACAAGGAUAGUCAGGACUAUGUUCUGAUGACAAACAGUGCAAUAUAUAUGGCCAGUUCUCAUAGUUAUACAGUUUCGUGACAAUUAUCUCGGAUAGGGUCCAGUGUUCAUCUCAGGGACCAGUGUAUCGCUCCAACUUCAGAAUUGAACAAGGACGCCAGGGACUUUGACUUGUUGUCUUUAUACAUAUGUAAUUCCAUGAUCUGGACCAACCGUUAAUGUCUUUGAGAAUAACAUAAAUAUAUGAUAGGAUUUGUCAAUCUCUGUAUGUCGUUAAUUCGUAUGAAAUGUUAAUGGUAAAUAAUCUAAGUUGUUUAUUAAUUACAUUUUUUUUUAAACUGUGAAAUAGUAGUAGUCUGAACGUUUGUUUGAUUGACGUUCCCCACCAGGUGUGUUUUAAUGUAUGACAGUAGAUUGAAAUAUUCGGUCGUAAAUGAUGCUGUUGCUGGGAAUAAAAACUAUCGUUAUUGUAAUAAAGUAUUUUAAAUUUAAAGGAAAUUAAGCACAUGCCAUACACUGUAAAUGUACAAGUUUACAUGUGUAUAUCGUUCAUUAAAUCAAUUCGCGCCGUUAUGAAUUGGUUUAAAAACUUAUUAUCAGUACAAUUGCAUUUUGAAAAUUACCAUGUUUGAUUUUCUUGUUCCGUAUAUCAAUAAGUACGUUAAGGUAAACAAAAACAAAAACAAACAAAGAAUCGCUAGAAUAACGACAGCCAUUUACUUUUGAAUUUAUUUUGCCAUAUUAAGCUCAUUUGUGAUAAGCAAUAUGCCAUAUAUGAGUUAACGAACUGCUCUUAAGCUUUGGUGCUUUUUUAAUGAAUGCAUGUUUUGUUUUCUGAGAUUUUUUUUACUGAUAUAGUGAUUUUCAGUCUGCUAUGAAGUGCGCUAAGGAGCCCGUAAUGUGUUUCAACGAUUUUCAUGAUAAUGUAUGUAUUAAAUAUACCAGGUGUGCGUUGAGAUGAAUCUGAUAGGGGUGUUAUUGCUAGUCUCAGAUAUGUAUUAAAUGUUUAAUGAGUCUGUAAUGUGUUUUAAUGAAUAGGAUUUAAGGAGUAUUGUUUUAUCUAAUUUCUGAUGUGUUUUAAUGAAAUACAUGUUUUUUUUUAUGCAAAACGAGGAUUUUUUUUUAUAUAUUUCUGGGGUGCCUCCACAAAUCUCUGAGCUGUUUUUAUGAGAUAUAUAAAUGUUUUACACUUUUACACUAAGAUUGAUUAUAUAAACCCUUAUGACGGAUGUGCUAUUGAAUCUGUAAGAAUUUUGUAAAUAACAUGUGAUGCUAUAAAGAUGUUUUGUUUAUAUGUUUUGUGAGAAUGUAGGAUAUAGAAAUGGGAGAUUAAUGGAAUACAUGUAUAUAUAAGUUUGUUUCUGGUGUGUGAGUCUCUGAUAGUGAUGAGAGUUUAAAGUCUGAAUGUACUUGUCUAUACAUAGAGAAUACAUGGUCAGUGUCUUUAAAUAUAAGCUGUAUUUUGGCGAGGGUAAAGAAAGACAAAAGUGGCGAGCCUUAGCGAGCCACUUUUGUCUUU